AUGAGGAAUGUGAACCAUCGUCCAUCUCUCUUUCUCUCUUACUUUCUUUGGUCAUCUCUGUACUUUAUAUCCCUGACUCAAAGAGUACUUGGAAAAUCUUAUCGGCCUAUUUUUGAUUGUUCUUUUUUGCUUCUCUUCAACUACUGCUCCCUGCUCUCACGAUUUCACUCAGCAAUGGGGGAAACCGACAGGCCUCUUCACUCCGCAAAGGCCGCUCCAAGAGACGACUUCUCUGGAGGAGGCACCCAGGAACGAGAAAUUCAGUCCGACACAGAGCUACCACAUCUAGGGAAUAUCAAUGAAAAUGAACCUGAGAAAACUAAACCGGACAAUCCAUCAAUGGUGAUCUUCUGCCUCUCAUGCAUUACGUUUGUAAGUUGCUACUUGGGAGGCUUGGUCACUGUCUGCGUGCCUCAGAUAGCUAGAGACUUGCAUCUUGAUAAGGGUAUGGAAUUAUGGCCCGUGUCCAUGUACGCCUUGUCCACUGGCUGUACGCUUCUCAUCUUUGGGGCUGUCGCGGAUGCAGUAGGGAGCAGACUUAUCUUUUUGCUCGGCUGCUUCUUCCAGAGUAUGUUCUGCAUGGCUUGUGGACUCUCCGAGAAUGGCACACAGCUCGUUGUCUUUCGUGUCUUCUCCGGCCUCGCAACCGCCAUGUGUCUUCCCACUGCCAUGAGCAUCGUGUCCGAGAACUUUGCCCCCGGAAAGCUACGCAACCUGGCUUUCUCUUUCAUCGGGGGUGGCCAGCCUAUUGGAUUUGGUCUAGGCAUGCUUGUGGGCGGUGUCUGUGCUGACACAAUUGGCUGGCGCUGGGGCUUUCAUACUGCCACCAUGGCUAACACGGUGGCUUUCCUUUUGUCCUGGUGGCAGUUGCCCCGACCUACGGGCAGCGGCAUCAACUGGGACCUUUUCUUCUUCGGCAUCGACUGGCUUGGUGCGAUUGUGGUUAGCGCCGCUUUGGCCCUCCUUUCCCUGGCAUUAGCUAUUACAACCGCAGAUGUCCAUAACGCCGGUAAACCCUCUACCAUUGUCUAUUAUACCCUCUCCGUUGUUCUCCUUGUGGUCUUUGUCGUUUGGCAAGAAUAUCAGGAGCGCCGUGGAAAACCGACACUCAUCCGCAACUCGCUCUGGAAGAACCUAUCCUUCAGCUCAAUCUGUAUAAAUGUGUUUGCUAUUUGGGGUGCCUUCAACGGCUUCGAACAAAUUAUCAACUUUUUCUUCCAGAACGUGCAAGAGAUCUCUGUUCUGGAGACUGCACUCCGCUUCAUCCCCACCCCAAUCACAGGUCUUCUCAGCGCCCUCGUAACGGGCAUGGUACUGCACCGCAUCCGUGCUGAUGCCAUUAUAAACAUCACCAUUAUGAUCUCCGCUAUCUCCCCACUUAUCAUGGCCCUCGUCAACCCAUCAUGGACCUACUGGCGCUGCGCGUUCAUCGCCAUCUGUUUGAACUCGAUUGCCGCAGACUCGCUCUUCACCGUAUCCAACAUCCUGAUUGCUGAUAUGUUCCCGCCUGAGACCCAGGGCCUAGCGGGAGGUGCUUUCAACACUUUCUCGCAAAUUGGAAAGAGUUUUGGACUGACCUUCGUCGAGCUGAUCGCCAACAUUGUUAGCGACCAGCAAACCAGUGGGGAGGAGAGAUACCAGCCGGAUGGGUAUAUGGUCGGGUACCGGGCCUCUUUUUGGUUCUUGUUCGCAGUCAAUAUUUUCAGCCUGGGGGUGGGUUUCAUCGGGCUGCGGAAAGUGGGAAACAUCGGAAAGAAACAUGACCAGUAG